AUGGCCUCAUGCCCCUGGGCCUGCGCCACCAUCUGCUCCAGCUGCUCCACCUACGCAGCCAACUCAGCCUACGCCCUAUCCCACAACUGCCCCUUCUCAGCGUCCAUCGACGUCCGCCGUUGGGCGGCUCGAUGUCCCUCCGCCUUCGUCAACAUCUGCUCCAGCUGCUCCACCUACGCAGCCACCUCAGCCAAUGCCCUAUCCCACAACUGCCCCUUCUCAACGUCCAUCGACAUCCUCCACUGGAUGGCCUCAUGCCCCUGGGCCUGCGCCACCAUCUGCUCCAGCUGCUCCACCUACGCAGCCAACUCAGCCUACGCCCUAUCCCAUAGUUGCCCCUUCUCCACGUCCAUCGACAUCCUCCGUUGGGCGGAUCGAUGUCCCUCCGCCUCCGUCAACAUCUGCUCCAGCUGCUCCACCUACGCAGCCACCUCAGCCAAUGCCCUAUCCCACAACUGCCCCUUCUCAACGUCCAUCGACAUCCUCCACUGGAUGGCCUCAUGCCCCUGGGCCUGCGCCACCAUCUGCUCCAGCUGCUCCACCUACGCAGCCAACUCAGCCUACGCCCUAUCCCAUACGUGCCCCUUCUCAACGUCCAUCGACAUCCUCCACUGGAUGGCCUCAUGCCCCUGGGCCUGCGCCACAAUCUGUUCCAGCUGCUCCACCUACGCAGCCACCUCAGCCUACGCCCUAUCCCACAACUGCCCCUUCUCAGCGUCCAUCGACGUCCGCCGUUGGGCGGCUCGAUGUCCCUCCGCCUUCGUCAACAUCUGCUCCAGCUGCUCCACCUACGCAGCCACCUCAGCCAAUGCCCUAUCCCACAACUGCCCCUUCUCAACGUCCAUCGACAUCCUCCACUGGAUGGCCUGA